AGAAAAAAAAACCUUGAACAAGGUUUUAUAAUAUGAUGACACGUGAUGUGUGCGGCGGCAGAGAGGAGUGUUGAAAUUUUUUCGCCACCGCCGCACUGAGACAGACUCCAGAGAGAGAGGGAGACUGCGUUCUGCGUUGUAGCUCUAAUCAAUGAAAUGAAAGAGAAGAAAACAAGUUCCAAAUCCUCUUCUUCAACCUCUCCUUGUUCCCAUCUUAGAGACGCAUACAACAAUUGCUUCAACAGGUGGUACUCGGAGAAAUUCAUGAAGGGUCAUUGGGACAAACAAGAAUGUGUUGCGGAGUGGCAAAAGUACAGAGCUUGCCUUUCUCAACAUUUGGAUGAUAAACUCCUCAGUCAUUUCUUGGAAGCUGAACAAAUUGAUCAAAACCAUUUGAGUAAACCUUCUAAUGAGUAAG